CGGUUUUUCUUCAGUUUGCCGCAACGCGUUCACAGUAGGAAACGACGCCUUGCAUCGCGACGCCGUACGCGCAUUUAAACACGCGUGAAUUUUUCCGCCAAAAAUUUUCUUUGUAAAAUUUAUUUGUUUUUUUACUGUUUCACAGGGUGACUUUUCACUUGAACUAGCCGAGGCUUCGUUUGAACUACAAAAAGUGGUAAUUUUGAAUUCUUAGGCAAAUCGAGAAAUAGGCUAGACUAUUUGAAGCAAACCGAUAAGGGACGAAUUUCGCCCGGCACAAUAAAAGGCCAAGCAACAGUUAUGGACGUCUUCCAAGAAAAGGAAAAUCCUCUGCCAACAGAUUUUCAAGUCACAUGGAUGGAUAUACUGGAACUAAAUAAACUUAGUGCUGUUGCACAAAAGACCAAAGCACCAUCCAAACAAGCGAGUAAAAUUAAAAUGAGCAAAGUAGGCAAUCAGACAAAUUCCCAGGAUCCGCAAGCAGUCAACUCUCGUGUCUUUGUGGGAAACUUAAAUACGUUUCAAUGUUCCAAAACUGAUGUUGAACGCAUGUUUCAGCGAUAUGGGCGACUUGCUGGUAUCUCGAUGCACAAAGGGUAUGCAUUUGUACAAUUCACCAACCCUUUUGACGCCAGAAGUGCAUGUUUAGGUGAGGAUGGAAGAACAGUUCUUAGCCAAAUUUUAGAUGUGAAUAUGGUUGCCGAACCAAAGCCACACCAAACCGGAAGAAAACGACAAAAUGUUACACAAACUGGAAACGAUUGGGACUACUACUAUGACAGCUACUAUGCCUCAACCACAUUUCCUGUAGGAUCAACCAGGAUACUACCACCACUAAAAAGACAGCGGCUAAUGACGUCAGCUGUGAGAAAUGGAAAAACCAAUGUGCCACCAAAAACAUAUCCGCUACCAUCUUUGGAUCAACUUAAAGUGUACAGUAAUCAAGAUAUUUUAAUUUGUGGAAACUGCCGGGAAAUGUUUACGGAGCUACGCGAUCUGCUAGAACACAAAAAAGCUUACUGCAAACUACGUUUUACCUGCAAAUGCCACAGCAGCAAGAACGGAUCCAUAUCAGAUGAUCAAUCAUCAACCUCCUUACUAUGUGUUCAAUGCAAGGAUGCUUUUCAAAACGCUUGGGAUUUGAUGGUGCACGUACAAGCGGCCCAUAUGGUUAACAUAUAUGAGUUGGGAGUACCUCCAGAAAGGAGUUGUUCUUCUCCACCAAUAUCUCCCAGGGAUAAUAAUACUCCUGAUAAUGAAUCAAAAUUAGCCAGCACUCUGGAAGACGAUACUGAGGAACACAAUGAAAAUGAAUUUCUGGAGAAUGGCAGGGACGAAAUGACCGGUACUCCAGAUUCUGCAAACUCAAGAAACGAUAAGGAACUCGAAGAGCUUAUGGAUAUCGAACAUCAUCAGGCUUCAGCAGCGGCAGCAGCAGCUAAGACCCUGGUGCACACUUUCAGUAUUGUAGCAGAACCCACUGCUGAACCAGGAUCAUCUCCACCACCAAUAGCUGCAGAAGCACCAUCAGAGAAUGGUGAGCCAUGGAAACCCCACUUAAGUUUGACCCAGAAAAUACAAGGAAAAACUUAUUAGAAAAUAAUAUAAUCAGAUUAAAAAAAAAAACAAAUGGUUUGUCUAAUUUAAUUUGUAUAAUAUCGAUAUGUAGAAUGAAAUAUUAUCUAUAUUAAUGCUAAAUCAGAUUUAAGAAUUAUUUCGUCUCUCUAUUGUUUAGUUUUGGAAAUGAUAUAAGAUCUAACUGUAUGUAUAGGGAUUAAUACCGGUUAUUAUAAAAAUUGUAAAUUUU